AAAGACUUUUUCUCUUAAAUACCACAAUCUUCAGCUGAAUAACCAUGCAGAGCAAUCAUCGGAACAACAUCAUCGUUACUUCGUGUCUCAAAACGCCGGUAGACCCAUACACCAAGACGCCACUGGCUUUGUAUGAACGAGAGAGAGUUCUCCCGUACGCGACGAGGGGACAACUGGAUAACCGAGAUUAUGAGAAAGAGAUGGAAUACGACUCAGAGUGUGACGGGCCGGUGACGACAACGGCGGCGGCGGCGGAGGAGGGAAAGGGCUCUCCGCUCCUGAUCAAGGACUACCGGGUGACGGGCGACCACAUCGACCUGCGCGAGUUCUACUUCUCCAACGAGGAGUACUACCGCAAGCUGGAGCAGCUGAAGGCGGCGCACCUGCACACCAUGUCCCAGCUGGAGCAGAUGUACCGCAAGAAGCUGGAGCUGAAGGGAGGCCGAGGAGGAGGAGGGCCGGGGGGCGACACGCAGCACCCUCAGCAGAUGGAGUGGGGAGGCGGUGACGGCUUAGUGCCACCAGGGUACCGUCUGAAGAAGUCCCGCUCGGCCCACGAGCUGUGCCGGGCGUCCGACGGGUCGGACGACGAGGAUGAGGAGAACAGGCCGGAGAAAGGCCUGCUGCUCUCGCCCAAGGAGCGCAUCAAGAACAUGUGGCAGGACUUCUCCGUGGACAAGCCCCUCCGAAGCCGCCGGCGACCCGGGCACUACGACUCCUUCUCCUCGCUCCAGAGCCAGCCUGGCGACGCCACCGCCGAGCGCCACGGCAAGGCCAACGGUCGGCGCGGGGUGCGGAAGAAAGUGGUGGAGAAAAAGAAGAAGAAGACGAAGGAGGAGGAGGAGGAAAACAGCGGUGACGGAGGAGACGGCGGCGGCGGGCGUCCGCGCGCGACGGUCCCGCAGCCGUUCAACAUGACGCUGCGCGAGGCCGAGCGCAAGCGGCGCGGGCUGAAGACGCGCGCCGAGGUGGAGCGCGAGAACGCCGAGCUCCGGCGGCAGCUGGAGGACCUGACCGAGUGCCAGCGGCAGUUCCGCGCCAGCCCCAUGCCCGCGCACGUCCGCCUGCCGCUCUACGAGGAGCUGCAGCGACGCCGCGACCGCUCCGCCAACGCCGCCGGCGAGGACGCCGGCGCCGCCAGCGCCAGCCCCGGCACGGCGAAGGACGCCAAGACGUCGUCGUCGUCGUCGCCGCGGCCCUUCAGCUUCCUGGAGCGCGAGCGUCUCAAGCGGGAGCAGCGCGAGGAAGAGCUGCGUCGCGUCGCCCAGGAGGAGGCGCUGGACGCGCGCGGGCGCCCGGCCUUCCGCGCCAAGCCCGUGCCGCGGGCCGUGCGCGAGGUGGCGGCCGCCAACGAGCGGCUGAAGGAGGAGCAGCUGUACCGCGCCAUCAAGAUGCAGAUGCGGGCGCGCGACCUGCUCCACAGCGCCGCCAUGCCGCCCAGCAUGCUGGCGCGCCGGCUGGAGGAGCGCAAGCAGAAGGAGGAGCAGGAGGAGGAGGAGCGGCGGCGGGCCGAGCGCGACCGGGCCAGCCACCGGCCCAAGAUCAACGCCGACGUGCCGGACUUCGACGCCAGCUACCGGCGCUUCCGGCGGCAGCUGGAGCGCGGCAGGCGCGAGGCCAAGCCGCUGACCGCCUGCGAGCCCUUCCGCCUGCGCACGUCCAGCCUCCCCUCGCGGCGGGAACGCGCGUCCGGCAACGCCGCCGCCGCCGCUUGCGAAGUGGACGCGACCCCCCGCGACUACCGCUGGCCGUUCCUGAGCUCGCCGUCCUCGUCGCCCCGGCAUCGCCACGGCGGCGGCACGGCCCCCCGCACCUCCUCGUCCAGCCUCUGCUCCUCGCUGUCCGGCAGCCAGGAGGUGCUCACCGCCAAAAUCACCGACGCGGCGCGCAAACGGCAGGACGCCAUCAGGAAGGUUCUAGAACAGAAGCAGAAGGCGGAGGAAGAGGAGAAGAAGUGGCUGGAGCGCCAACGGGAGCGGGAGCGUCGUCUGCAGAAGGUGAUCACCCGGCGGGCGCAGGCCAUCGACCCGCACCAGACGCUGGCAGAGACGUGCCCGUCCAAACUCAAGGAGUUCAGGAAGCAGGACCAGCAGCGGAGGAGAGAGUACAGAGAGGAGAUGAAGGAGAUCCAGGAGAGAGUCAGGGGCAGGCCUCUGCUGCUGGAGCAGGUGGCACGGAACAAUGCGAAGCAGGCUGCAGAGAGACGCUACGUAGAGGCCCUGAAGGCUUGCGGCCUCUCGGAGGACUUUGUGCAAGACAAGGCGCUCAAGAGCCGACGCUCUCGAAGCCAGUCGCCCUCUGUGCGCUCGCUCCAGAGCGGCUCCAGACGCAGGGGUAAGGAUGCUGCUGGGUCAGACUCGCUCAGUCUGAAUGGAUCCCUUCACGACUAUCAAGAUGAUUACGAGGACUACCAGGAGAGAGAGGAUAAAGAUGGGGAAGAGGGAUACGGGAAAAGAGAGCACGGUCAGUACGAGAGCGAGGAGGAAGACGAGAGUGACCCUGAGAGGCGUGAGGGUGACAGUCCCUCGAAUGACAACGACGACCCGGAUUACAGCGAGGAUGACCGGGACGAAAGCGACAAAGGAAGUGACAUCAUCGACAGACACAAGGACAGUCAGAGCAGCAGGAGCAACUAG